AAAUACUACCCCCGCUGAUCACGACCGAUACCCGAUCAGGCUAGAGACGAGGGAUCUUAUGUCAGUCCACGAUCAGACCCUGAACACUCGAUUCGCGUACGGGAGUAAGACGAUGAGCGACUGCUGUCGACAAGUUCAUUUCUCCUGGAAUACCGCCUCGAAACAACCUCCUUUCAACUCUUAAUCCUUCGAACUACCGUCCUGUUCAAUCCCAUGUACAAAUGAAACCUAGCAAGUGCGGCGCUGCGAUUCCCCUUGACAACCGCUCGUCCACUCCGCAACCUUCUAGCGGCCGCACGAGUCGCUCCAUCACUCCCCUUCGCACCGCCUAUGGUCCAUCCCCCCUCCAAUAACCCGUCACCAUGCGGCGCGGCCUCGCGCUCUUCCUCCUGGUCAACGUCGCCAUCAUCUUCUUCCUGGUCGGCCAGGUGUGGACGCUACUGAGCCUCCUCGUCGUCGACGGGUCGCAGGAUGCCAUCUCGCGCGCGGAGUUGCCCGCGCCGAACUCGAGCCUGAUCGACGGGCGAAGGCAGUUGAUUCCGAAGAUUAUACAUCAGACGUAUAAGAAUGAGACGAUUCCGGAGGUGUGGAAGGAGGCGCAGCGGAGUUGUAUUGAGCUGCAUCCGGAUUACGAGUAUAAGCUAUGGACCGAUGAUUCUGCACGGGAGUUUAUAGUAGCCGAAUAUCCUUGGUUCCUCGAUACCUGGGACGGCUACCCUUUCAACAUCCAGCGCGCCGACGCCAUCCGAUAUUUUAUAUUAUCACAUUUCGGCGGCAUAUACAUCGACUUGGAUGAUGGCUGCAACCGACGAUUAGACCCCCUCCUCUCCUACAGCGCCUGGCUCCGACGCACCCUGCCCACCGGCAUUAGCAACGAUGCUAUGGGCUCCGUGCCGCAGCAUCCCUUCUUCCUCCGCGUCAUCGACAGCCUCUCGAAAUACAAUCGCAGCUGGUUCCUCCCAUACAUCACCGUGAUGGCGAGCACGGGGCCGUUGUUCCUGAGCGUCAUGUGGCGACACUAUAACAACGACGACCCGGUUGGCGAUGAUCGCAUCCGCAUCUUGUUCCCAGACGAGUACAAAGAUCAUGUGUGGAGCUUCUUCGUGCAUAAUGUAGGGAACAGCUGGCAUGAGAAGGAUGUGCAGUUCAUUAUGUGGCUGAGAAGCAACUGGUUACUUGUGACCAUCUUCGGUUUCGUCAUCGCUGGCUUUGCUUUCUCCGGGUCAUAUUGGCUCUACCGACGAUGGUGCCUAGGCGGAUAUGGAUCCGGACCCGGAUCCCCGCGAAAGCGAUAUCAUCCGAAUUCAAGGUCGUUUCUUCGACGACUACCCAUCCUACGCUAUUUCAGUAAGGGUGAUAGAGCGGGCUCCUACGAGCUUUUGGAUCGACGAGAUGUAUGAGCACCCCUAAUUCUAAUAGGGGAAUCCUUGGAGUACAAAGUUAGUCGGAUUCUGGCGCAGGAUACAUUUCUUGGAACGGUCAGCGUCGGAUACUCGAUAUAUCAACAUCACAUGGGUGGCGUUU